CCUCCCCUUCCCCGCGCCCCGGACUCCGGGCUUCAAGGCCUUGCGUUCUCCGCUGGUGCCUCCGCCGUCCGUCCGAGUUGCCCCGUCGUUGUUUCUGUCCAGAUACCCUGUCGGGAUGCUGGCGACUCUCCGCUUAGCAAUUCUCCGCGGGCCGCUGUGAGACCGAGCGCCCGGCCUCGCUGGCUCAACCCCCGUCCUCCUCCGGGCGCCUGGUUCUAAUAAAGUUGUUGUUCCAAAAGCGCCCGGCUGCGCGGGCCAAUCAGAGCGCAGAUCAGCCUUCCUGGCUUCCUGGCGGCGCGAGGCGGAGGCGUCAUCACGGAGCGCCGGCGCGGCUGCAAGCUUGGUUCCUAGGCACCGUGGUGCGGGAAGCCGAGAGCUUGCAGGAUGUCUCUGGCAGACGAGCUCCUGGCUGACCUGGAGGAGGCAGCGGAGGAGGAAGAAGGAGGGAGCUACGGGGAGGAGGAGGAGGAGCCGGCCAUCGAGGAUGUGCAGGAGGAGACGCAACUCGACCUUUCUGGGGACUCAGUCAAGAGUAUUGCCAAGCUCUGGGACAGCAAGAUGUUUGCUGAGAUCAUGAUGAAGAUCGAAGAGUACAUCAGCAAGCAAGCCAAAGCUUCAGAAGUGAUGGGGCCGGUGGAGGCGGCCCCCGAGUACCGGGUCAUCGUGGAUGCCAACAACCUCACAGUGGAGAUCGAGAACGAGUUGAACAUCAUCCACAAAUUCAUCCGGGACAAGUACUCGAAGCGCUUCCCAGAGCUGGAGUCACUGGUCCCCAAUGCACUGGAUUACAUCCGCACGGUGAAGGAGCUGGGCAACAGCCUGGACAAGUGUAAGAACAAUGAGACUCUCCAGCAGAUCCUGACUAAUGCCACCAUCAUGGUGGUCAGCGUCACGGCCUCCACCACCCAGGGCCAGCAGCUGACGGCUGAGGAGCUGGAGCGGCUGGAGGAAGCGUGUGACAUGGCGCUGGAGCUCAGUGCCUCCAAGCACCGCAUCUAUGAGUAUGUGGAGUCCCGCAUGUCCUUUAUCGCGCCCAACCUCUCCAUCAUCAUCGGUGCGUCCACGGCUGCCAAGAUCAUGGGGGUGGCUGGCGGCCUCACCAACCUGUCCAAAAUGCCAGCCUGCAACAUCAUGCUGCUCGGGGCACAGCGGAAGACUCUGUCCGGCUUCUCAUCCACGUCGGUGCUCCCACACACUGGCUACAUUUACCACAGUGACAUUGUGCAGUCGCUGCCCCCGGACCUACGGCGGAAGGCAGCCCGCCUGGUGGCUGCCAAGUGCACACUAGCCGCCCGUGUGGACAGCUUUCACGAGAGCACUGAGGGCAAGGUGGGCUACGAACUGAAGGAUGAGAUAGAACGCAAGUUCGACAAGUGGCAGGAGCCACCACCCGCUAAGCAGGUGAAGCCACUGCCCGCGCCCCUUGAUGGGCAGCGCAAGAAGCGAGGAGGCCGCAGGUAUCGGAAGAUGAAGGAGCGCUUGGGGCUGACGGAGAUCCGAAAGCAGGCCAACCGCAUGAGUUUUGGGGAGAUCGAGGAGGACGCCUACCAGGAGGACCUGGGCUUCAGCCUGGGCCACCUGGGCAAGUCGGGCAGCGGGCGCGUGCGGCAGACACAGGUGAACGAGGCCACAAAGGCCCGCAUCUCCAAGACGCUGCAGCGGACCCUGCAGAAGCAGAGUGUGGUGUAUGGUGGCAAGUCCACCAUCCGCGACCGAUCCUCGGGGACUGCCUCCAGUGUGGCCUUCACCCCGCUCCAGGGUCUGGAGAUUGUGAACCCGCAGGCGGCUGAGAAGAAAGUGGCAGAGACCAACCAGAAGUACUUCUCCAGCAUGGCCGAGUUCCUGAAGGUCAAGGGCGAGAAGAGUGGCAUUCUCUCCACCUGAGUGGGGCUGGCCCCGGCCGUCCGGGGCGCCCAGCUGUACGGGGCCAGCCUGCCAGUGUGUUCCGGUUCUGCUGGGAGAGGAGAAACUGGGAAAGUGCGAUUAAAGGCAGAGUGAGACCUGUC